AUGAAUGUGGGUUGGCUGGCAAUGGUGAUUGAUGGUCUGCAGAUUUGUAUACUGGGUGUGGCCCCCAGAAAAUCUAUCUGCAGUGCGAUGGUGACGUGCAUGUUGGUUCGUCAGCCCUGGGUAUUUGCGCAUGGUCUGACGCAGGGGAUUUGUCAUAGGGCUGCAAUAUACGCUGCCAGCAGUGUUGGGAGGCGCGAGCAAAAGGAAGCUUUCGAUGAGAAAAGUAUUCUCUCUGUUGAGCGAGCACCCGGCAGAGAUGUUAGGGAUGGCGAACAGGAAAGGGAAGAUUGCAGCUGGCAUGGACGCCGACAUUGUGGUGCGUGGCGACAGUUUGGUGCUGAACGAAUGCCCCUGCUAAAGAUAAUGAACCUGCUCAGUGGGUCUGGAUUCAUCAGCUCGAAUGCACAAACAUGUCAAUUCCUGCAAAUUAUGCUGAAACGUUCCUGCAAAUCGUUCUGA